AUGGAUUUACAACAUCGUUCUGUCACUAUUCAAUCAGUUCAAAAAGUGACUGAAGUAAUUAUUGCAAAUCCUGGGGCUGCAAAGUCGUACCCAAAAGGUAAAAAUGAACCUUCACAUUUGGAUAAACUCUGGAAUUUCGUCAAAUCGCCAACUGGAAUAAUAUCUUCAAAUGCUAUUAACAAAUUGGUUGACCUUGUUCAAAAGGGAAUUGUUGAUUGGAAUGAUGCUUUUAAUGGGUUAACGGAUGCACUAUUCUUACUCUCGGGAAAUUCCCUUGAUAAUGCUAUAAUAGGUAUAGCCGAUAUAUUAUCAAACAAAGCGUACAUAGGUGAAUAUCACUUUGGUCAUGGAAGGCAUCCUUUUAUCAUUGCGAUGGCAAUUAAGCCUGAACAGACAUGUACCACCUUACUUUCUCAAUUUGAAAAGAUUUUUGACAUUUCCAGAAUAAAAUAUGUCGAUAACACUCCCCCAAAAAAAUCAGUGUAUAUGGAAAAUUUAUUAAGUAUGAUGAAACCAUAUUUUGAUCAUGUUUUAUUAGAAGGAAUGAAAGGAAAUAUUGAAUUUCAGAAGCAUUGGUCUUCAGUAUUGAUGCAAUUCUUAAUUCGUCUGAUAUAUAAAGAUGUCGAAGAUGAGUUUUACUGGACUUUUAAAGAACAUUUGUUAGAGUAUUUACUCUCUGUUGUUCAAAGAAAAUCAUUGACACCUAUUGUUACUACCACCACGAACAAUUAUAUUACCUCCAAUUCUAUAUACGUUCUCACGCAAUCUCUUGUUCAAGUUGUUGGAGUAAGUUUUGUCCGGAAUGGUUUGAACACAACAUUUUUACAAAAAUUUAACAAUAACCUUGGAGUGCAGAUUUUAGCACUUGCUUGUGAUGCACGUCAUGCGAAUUUAUCAACAAAUCAUUAUAUUUCGUUAUUUUAUAAAAUAUUAAUGCCUCAAGAAGGUUCCUUAAAUUACCUAUCAAAAUCAAGUUUUGUUUUGAUCUGGCCAACGUUAUCUUUUUUGCUUCUUGAUGCCCAGUCUAUUGAUGACCAAUCCAUGAUCCUCGAGAUUAUGCAAAAAUUAAUCGAACUCAAAUUAAAGAACAUUAAUGAUCGAGAUGUUCCACCUGCAUUGAUUAGUGUUGCAAUUUUGCCCUUGUUCCAAGUGAUUUCUGAUUUGGAAAAGAGUGAAUCAAGGAAUAUUGCUACGGAAAUACUCUUGAUUAUUCAAAAAUUUCAGGCGUUACAAUAUGUGCCUUUGGAAUUUAAUGAGGUAAUGUGUAACCAUAAUGCCACAAAUUUGUUUAAAAAUAUCUCUAAUCUAGACUAUGUAGCAGAUCAAGAAGUUCAUGUUGAUGACUCUGUUCGGUUUAAAAUCCAAAAAGAUUAUAGACUCCUAAAACCGGGUCUUAUGGCUAUUUCAAAAUUUAAUGCAACUGAUAUAUUGUCGGUCUUUCCCACAUCAUCCGAAAUAUUGCUAUCUCAAAUUUUUAAUUUGAAUGAAAAUCUGAGUCAAGUUGAAGAAUGGCAAUUUGUAUUAAGCAAGAUCAUUUCACAUGAAGUCAAUAGCAUGAGACGAAGUUUAUUAAAGGGCAUCUCUGUUGACGUUAAUAGUGGUAAAUCAGCCACAUCGUCUUCCGAAAGUGCUAAUAUCUUUCAAAGUAAAAAGGAUAAAGUGGCAUCUAUUGCUACAAAAAUUGUGGACAACUGGGAAAAUGAAGUAGUUAGUCCUGGUUUACGGGCUGGAUAUGCAUUAGCUUCAUUGAUCUGUUUUACUCCUCAAAUUGAUGAUUCUGAUAAAUUGAAAUUGCAAACAUUAUGUGAAAUAAAAGAUCUCAAAGCGACAAGAUUCUAUAAAUUGAUGGCAAACGCUAUUCAGGAUAUUAAAUUAACUGAUCAUUGGGAUUCAAGCCUUAUCGCCAGCGAUGACGUUCAAUUUGCUGUCGCAAUGGCUUUAGGGUAUUUAUCCAGUUUAGUAAUUAUGAAUGAAAAAUUAGUACAGGAAGUGGUUGAUACUUUAGUCACAAAGUUAAGUGAAGAUAAGAAUUCUACAACAGGAUGGGCUUUAUUUGGUGCAGGAUAUUCGCUUGGAACACUUUUAUCAUAUCUUGCUUCAUCUCCAAUGAAGACGUCUUUAAUGUCAAACAUUUGUUCGCAAACAGUGUCAUUUCUUUACGAUUUCAUUUCAAAUACACCUUCAGAUAAUUUGGAGCAAACUAAUACGCGUUUAGGCGUUAUGAUUGGAUUGUCAAACGUUGAUUGUGAUGACGAACCAGAGGUCAAACGAAUAUAUCAAAUGGCGUUAUCCGAUUUAAAGGAGUUUGUCGAAAGUGAUGGAAGGGUUGAUGAACGUAUUAAAAAUAGGAUUGCUGGAUCCACAUGGUUUGUUAGUUUUUCGAGAGGUAAAAGCUUAAACGAAGAAAUUACUGAAAUUUUGGAAAAAGCAACAAAGAUUUCGGGUGCUAAAAGCGAAAUGUCCGAAUAUAAUUUUCAUUGUUCACAAUCUUAUUCGCAUGCUUUACAAGACAUUCUCCAAGUAAAGCAAUCGUCGCGAUCACUUGCAGGUGUUGAUUACUUUUCGCUUCCUUAUCAUGCACGAAAUGGAAAUUUUUAUUUCUUUUCCUCAGCUCCUUCUGCUAUUGUUAUGCAAGUUUUGGAUGCUUUGCAGAAUGUUACAGGACUUGGGUCACAUGCUUUAUCUUCAGGAAUGACUAUGAACGAUGUUAAAGGUGGAAGAUUAGCUGUAAUUAUUUUGGGACAAUUAAUGCAGGUUAUCGAAAGAAUAUCUGAAAAUACCGCGAUGCUUAUUGGUGAUUCUGAGAGAUCUGUUACAAGCAAUGCUAAUGUUGAUAUAAAAUUUAAAACAUUACUUGUUUGUGAAGGACUUGGGAAAAUUCUCGAGUUAUGUGGAUUUGAAAAAGCCACUCAAACAACUAAUGAAGCAGAGGACAAGCAAUCUACUAAGAUGCGAGGAGUAGAAAGUAUUGCAAAAAAAGUAGUAGUACCAAAUUUAAGGGUAUUGGAUAUUGUUGAUAAAAUGACAUCUUUUUUAUUUAGUAAUUCAGUUAGUCCCGGAAAUAAG